GGUAUUAUGAUUAUUAUUAUCAAACAUGAGAGAACUGAAAAAGCCGUUUCGCAUUCAGACUAAGUUCAAUGAUGUCACCUUCAAACAUUUCAAUAAUUCUGAAUAUAUCAUAUCAUAUUGUGAUAAAGUGAUUUUUCCAAUUUCCUGACCUAAAAAUCAUUGAUUAUUGCACAUUUUCAUUACCAAAACAAUAUGAGAUAAGGCAGAGUUAUAAAACGUAUAUAUACCGGCGAAAAUGCAAUGGUUUUAUCAAAUCAGUUCAAGAUGUUGACUAAGAUACUUCUAUUAGGUUGUUGCAUCAUUGGUGCAUUUGGAGAUGAUCAAAAUGCUACAGAUACAAAUACAAACAUCUAUGAUAUCCCAUUGAAAAUUUCUGAAUUUGCAACUGUCAGUGGAAGGACUUACUAUAUCCAUGUGGUGUCUACGAUGUCACAUCCGAAAGCAAGAGUGUUCUGUCAUUCUCUAGGCAAAGCUUUGGUGAGCAUCGAGACCAAAGCGAUAAACGACAAACUCUACCAAACAAUUGGAGACAAAGUUUCCAAUAAACAAGCUUCUUUCUGGACUUCCGGCGAGAAGAUUGGUGAUAUAUGGUAUUGGACAUCCAACGGAAAACCUUUCUCUUUCACCAGUUGGGCUCCUGGUGAACCUAACGAUGCAGAUGGAAGAGAGCACUGUGUAGAGGCUUCGUAUCAACCAGAUAAAUACCAUUUACUCUGGAACGACCUCAAAUGUGACGCUGAGAGAUACGUUGUCUGUGAAGAUCUAUGAACUUGAAUGCUGUCAAUACGAACAAAAUGCUAUUUCUUGAGAAGAUAAGCAUUUAAUUACUUAAAACAUUGCUUUGUUUGAGUUUCAAAACGUUUCAUCAUUAUGAAUUUAUUAUAAUAUUCGGUUAGGAAGUUAUUUUCUGCUGAUUUGCUUUCACAUUUUCGUCAAUAAUAAAUGAAGCUUAACAUA